CGAUUGGAUACCGCAAACGAAGUUUCCUUUGGCUUAUUUUGGUUGCCAGAUGCUAGCUUAUCUGAAGCAUGGCCGUCCCUAUAGCCAUCUUAGACUGCGAUCUUCUUCUGCAUGAGCGAGGCCAUAAGACUCUGGAGCGCUUUGACCUGGACACCGUUUCAAACAGCGUUCUCCUCUCAAACUUUGGAUUUCCGAGAGACUUCAUCCUGUAUCUGGUGGAAUUACUCAGAGAGACUCUUUCCAGGAGAACCCUGAGAUCCAGAGCAAUCAGUCCCGAGGUUCAGGUGUUGGCAGCGUUGGGCUUCUAUACGUCUGGCUCGUUCCAGACGUCCAUGGGGGAUAUAAUAGGGAUCAGCCAGGCGUCCAUGUCCAGAUGUGUGACCAAUGUGACUAAAGCUCUGGUGGAGAAAGCGCCACAGUUCAUCACUUUCAACAGAGAUCCGUCCAACAGAGAGUACUCCUUCGAGGAGUUUCAGAGGGUGGCAGGAUUUCCAGGAGUCCUCGGCGUUCUCGACUGUGUUCAGGUGGCCAUCAAAGCCCCGAACAGCGACGCCUCCUCUUACGUGAACAAGAAGGGUUUUCACUCCAUAGCCUGCCAGCUGGUCUGCAACGCCCGGGGGCUUUUACUCAGCGCUGAAACGUGGCCCGGCGGCCUGGAGGACACCAAGAUUAUGCAGAGGUCAGCCAUUUCCAAACAGCUGCAGGACAACGAGGAGGGCUGGCUGCUGGGUGACGGACGUUAUCCUUUGAAGAAGUGGCUGAUGACGCCGGUUGAGAGCCCAGGAACGGCUGGAGAGUUUCAGUAUAACCUGGCCCACACCGUGACGCACGAGAUAGUGGACAGAACUUUCAGGGCCAUUCAGACCAGAUUCAGAUGUUUAGACGGCAUCAAAGGGAACCUGCAGUAUUCUCCUGAGAGGAGCUCGUCCAUCCUCCUGGCCUGCUGCGUUCUGCACAACGCCUCGCUGCAUUCCGGCCUGGACGCCUGGACUCUGGAGAGGACGGAGCCGCUGGAGCAGCCCAAGGGUCCCGAGCAGACGCUGGAGGAGCGGGACAGCGAGGCGGAGGAGCUCCGGAAACACAUUAUACUGAAACACUUCAGCUAGAGACUUAGCCACAGAGGACAGAGACCAGAACAAGACUGGAUGGAUGGAUGGAUGGAUGGAUGGAUGGAUGGAUGGAUGGAUGGAUGGAUGGAUGGAUGGAUGGAUGGAUGGAUGGAUGGAUGGAUGGAUGGAUGGAUGGAUCUCUCUCCAUCCCUUUAUGUUAGACACAGGGAGGAAUGAAGUCCACAGACACUGAGUUGCUGAUGCAGAUUUUUAAUAUUUUGCUCAUUUCUACUCUACUGACUACUACUAUGAUAACAUAGAUAUAUAUAUAUAUAUGUAUAUAUAUAUGGAGGAACAUGCAGGACGCUAUACAACAAACAGAGACAACACAUCCAAACACAUUUCAAACAGCCUGGCGCCCCCUAGAGGCUCCUGACUGCUUUCUCAGGACAUUCAGGUAACCUUGCAAUAAUCAAUCGCCUCCUGGACUAAUCAAACUGUGUGUAGUUGCCGUGUCAUCUCAGUUAAUUACAAAUUGACCCCCCCGCCCCUCAAUCAUCAUUUCUUUCAUUUUGAUGCCCCUCACCCCCUUUUGUUUUCUUCCCCACAUGAUGUUCCACAGGCUAAAAUCUGGGAUUAUGACAGUACAAAAACAAGGCCCACUAUUUACAACAACUACGCUGGAAGUUGUUAUUAAUUAUGUACAUUUGGUAUUUGGUCCCAGACGAAUAAGAGAGAGAGAGAGAGAAAGAGAGAGAGUGGAUCUGGCUGCAGUCACAUAAUGCAUUUCUGUUCUCUACCGAUGACAAAAUGGAGACAAAAUCAAUUAACUAAAUGGAAGAAARGAAAKGAGGAAACCCGUGAUGAAGCGAAAUGCGUUAUACACAGCUUUUGGACUAAAAUGACUUGUUUGGGGUUUUCAGAACAGCAUUGUGUUACAGAUAGUGGUGAKGAAAUCUUCAGAUUUCAUUAUAGUGUUCAAUCAAACUGAAACUAGUGGUGCUUUUUCUCCUGCAAUGCUUCAUCAAUAUUUACACACUUUCUACAAGCAAUCAAUAAAUACAACAAAUACUGCUGCUGCAUGAUAAUUGGUGAUCUAUUUUUCUUUUUCCUUUUUUUUCUUUUUUUUUUCUUUACAUUUUUUUUAUUUGUGGCCAAGAAAUAGAAGUUAGAAAUGUAGAAAAUAAUCUUUUUUUUUUAUUAUUCUGAAGCACCCAAUUCAUGCGACAGCAGUUUUACGCCAYGAAACUUCACCUCUUCUGAA